AUGACUCAAGCUAAAUCUGUCACUGUUCCGGAGGUUGAGCUUGUACUAAAAGAGUUUGUUUUAAAUUAUCAGUACAAAACAAUCCUAAGUGAUACUAUAUUGGUUGAGAAAGCAAAGUUGCUUGCUGCUGGGUUGGGGUUUCAGAAGGAACUUUACAAUUUUCUUCCG